CACUUUUAUCGACCGACCACCACAAAUUCUUGCAAUAGAAAAACAUCAACUCUUGGGUAAAAUUAUAUAUAAUAAUUAAAUGAUUUGAUUUGAUAAAAUAAUAACUAACUGGAAGCUGGCGCAAUGGACACAUAUUCGGUGGAUAUAGUAUAUCAGGCGAUCAAUGCAUUAUUCCAAGGCAACAAUCCCAAAGAGCAGGAGAAAGCGAACAAAUGGCUGCAGGAAUUUCAAAAGUCGAUAUAUUCGUGGACGAUAGCGGAUGAGCUGCUGCAUCAGAAACGCGACUUACAUGCGAAUUAUUUUGCGGCCCAAACAAUGCGCAACAAAAUCCAAAAUUCAUUUAGUGAAUUGCCGCCGCAUACGCAUGAAUCUCUGCGAGAUUCGCUAAUCACGCACAUUGGACAGAUUGAUGAGCAGACGGACAAUGUGAUUGUGACACAGUUGAGUUUGGCAGUGGCCGAUUUAGCGCUACUUAUGGCCACGUGGCAGGAACCCAUCAGUGAUCUGUUGAAAGCCCUGUCACCACAUCCCGCUGCCGUUUGGCCGCUGCUGGAGGUGCUUAAGGUGCUGCCGGAGGAGAUUGACUCAAGGUUUCUGCGUCUGGGUGCCAAUCGACGUGAGCAGGUGCACAAACAGCUGGACGCCAGUGCUGAAUGUGUGCUGGAAUUCCUGUGCAUGUGUGUGCAGCGCGAGGAUCUGGAUCAGCAGCGCAUUUGGAAUGCCACACUGCGCACGUACAGCGCCUGGCUGGUCAUCCAUGCCUUUCCCCUCACCCACAUCUGUGACAAUGCGCUCUCGCAGCUCGCAUUCCGGCUGCUCAGCCAACCGGCGGAGACAUCCGGCAAACUGCAUGACAAUGCCACGGAAUGUGUUUGUGCGCUGCUCAGCUGCAUGGGAUCGAGGAGUGGCAGCGUUGAGGUGGAACCACAGGUGGCACGCAUCUUUGAGGCUGUCUGCCAACUGGAGGCGGCGUACCAUUUGAGUGUGGCUCAUGAGGAUACGGACAAGACGAUCAACUAUUGUGGCAUCUUUACCACACUCUGUGAUGCCUUCUCCUUUGACAUGCUGGAACAACAGCAGGCGAUGAAGGGUCUCGAUCUGGUGCUACUCUGUGUUGGACAUUUCGAUUAUGAGGUCGCCGAGAUCACAUUUCAUUUGUGGUACAAACUCAGCGAGGAUCUAUUUCAACGCUACGAUGACAAGCUGACGGCGCGUUUUAGGCCCCACAUAGAGCGACUGAUAAGCGCCCUCUAUCGGCAUGCGCAGAUGGAGAGCGAUCACGACGGACUCAUCGAGGAGAACAACAAUUUCUAUGAUUUUCGACGCAAGGUUUCGGAUCUGUUAAAGGAUGUAGCUUUCAUAGUUGGCUCCAAUGCGUGCUUUAAGCAAAUGUAUAUUAUACUCCAAGCACCCAACACAACGUGGGAGUCUACGGAGGCGGCGCUGUUUGUCAUGCAAAAUGUGGCCAAGAAUAUAUUACCUGAGGAGAACGAGGUGAUACCCAAGGUGGUGGAGGCAAUACUCGGCAUGACGGAUCAGACGCACAUUGCGGUGCGUUACACAUCCAUAAUGCUGAUAGGAGAGCUCUGCGAUUGGAUUGAGAAUCACUCGGAUUUGCUGGAGGCGGUGCUCAAUUUUCUGUUGUAUGCUCUGCAGCAGAAGAAUGGAUUGGCUCCAGCGGCAGCGAUUGCAUUGACCUCAAUUUGCUCGGCCUGCCGGCAGAAAAUGGUGUGUCACAUCAGUGGAUUGGUGGAGAUUGCGCGCAGCUUGGACAGUUUUCAAAUUAACAAUGAUGUGGCAAUUGGGCUACUGAAGGGCAUCUCAUUGAUACUCACGAAACUGCCCAGGGAGCAAGUGCAGCCGGCAUUGCGCGAGAUUGUCAGCUUUCAGUUGCAACCGUUGGCCCAACUCUUGAGUGAGAGCAAUCCGUGUCAGCUGGAGAAGGGAGAGCGCAGUGAUCCCGUUUAUUGGAUUGAUCGCGCCUGUGCGAUCAUACGACACACGAAUCCCGAUGUGCCCGACAAUGUGGAGCAUCCAACAGUUGCAAUAUUAAACGAUGCCUGGCCCCUCAUCUCCCAAGUGCUGGAAAAGUAUCAGAGUGAUCUGCGUAUCAUGGAGCGCACCUGUCGCCUCAUACGCUACGCCGUCCGAAUGGUUAGAAAACAGGCAGUGCUGCUGGUGGAGCCACUGAUUAAACAGAUUGUGGUGCUUUAUGCCAUGCAGCAUCACAGUUGUUUCCUUUAUGUGGGCUCCAUUUUGGUGGAUGAGUUUGCCAAGACGACAGAAUGCAUUGCGGGUUUAUUGGAGAUGCUGCAGGCUUUUAUUGAGCCCACGUUUGGAUUGCUGCAGCUCGAGAAUGGUUUGCGCAAUAAUCCCGAUACUGUGGACGAUUUCUUUCGCCUGGCCUCACGCUAUUUGGACUGCUGUCCGCUCCAGCUGCUGCAGAGCAGCCUCAUUACGCCCAUCUUUCAGUGUGCACUGAUUGCCUGCUCGUUGGAUCACCGCGAGGCGAACUCUUCGGUGAUGAAGUUCUUCAUCAAUCUGUUGACCUGGGGACGCACUAGCAAUCAUCGUCAUGUGGAAUGCCGUCCUUUGGUUGUCGAAUUGGCCACACAACAUGGCGGUGCUUUGGUCAUGAAUCUGAUACAGGCCUCGGUAUUCCAACUGCACUCGUACAUGCUCGCCGAUGUUGCCGAGGUGCUCACCGAACUCAAGCACGUCGUGACCAAUGUCCAGAUGGAACCGUUCCUCGCCCACGCCUUGGAGUCGUUGCCCAAGAAGAACAGCGGUGGGUAUGUGACUGCCACCCAACAGCAGCUGCAGGAGUUCAGCAACACGGUAUUGAGAGCGGACACCACAAAAGCCGUUACGCAAGCACUGAAAACAUUUACGCGUCUCUUUCGCUGAAACCGAACCACUCCGCCCCGUUCGCCGUGAUCCGUUGAUGAUGACGUUGGAAUAUGUACAUUUGAAUUUAUGUAUGCCGACUUGUUGGAUGCAUUCAAUCUAAUUUAUAUAUAGUAAUUAUAGUUGGAUUCUAAUAUAUUAUUUGUGAGUGCUUUCAUCGGAUCCUCACGAAACGAAACGUACAAUAGGUUGAUUAAUUUAAGAAAUUAUUUUUAGCUUAAAGAUGACUUAAAAUACUAUACGAUUAAAAUGUUUGAUGACCAUAACCAUGAA